AUGAGCAACCAUUCAACAGUGACUGAAUUUAUUCUCUGGGGAUUCAGUAAUCAUCCAGACCUACAGUGUCUUCUUUUUAUGGUAUUUCUAGUCAUCUAUAUGAUCACUGUGCUUGGAAAUCUCGGCAUGAUCCUGUUAAUCAAGAUUGACUCCCAUCUCCACACUCCCAUGUACUUUUUCCUCAGCAAUUUGUCCCUUGUUGAUUUCUGUUAUUCUUCUGUCAUUGCCCCUAAUAUGCUAGUAAAUUUCUGGGUGGACAACCCAGUCAUUUCAUUCAAUGAAUGUGCCACUCAGUUCUUCUUUUUUGGUUCUUUUGCUGGCAUUGAGGGCUUCCUGUUGACCGUGAUGGCCUAUGACCGUUAUGUGGCCAUCUGCAAGCCUCUUCUUUACACAGUCACUAUGUCCCCCCAUCUUAACAUCAUGCUGGUGUUGGCCACAUAUCUUUCAGGCUUUAUAAAUGCCGCCAUUCACACUGGCCUUACCUUCCAACUGUCUUUCUGCCACUCGAAUGUCAUCAACCACUUUUUCUGUGACACUCCACCCCUCCUGAAACUCUCUUGUUCUGACACACGUGUCAAUGAAGUUCUCAUUUUUGCUUUUGCCAGUUUUAAUGAACUGAGCUGCCUCCUGACUAUUCUCAUUUCUUAUCUCUACAUCCUCAUGGCCAUCUUGAGGAUCCAUUCAGCAAGUGGGAGGUACAAAGCCUUCUCCACCUGUGCUUCCCAUUUGAUGGUGGUCACCAUCUUUUUUGGCACAAUCCUGUUCAUGUAUCUGCGCCCCAGCUCCAGCUAUGCGAUGGACCAAGAUAAAGUGGUGUCUGUGUUUUAUACGGUGGCCAUCCCCAUGUUAAACCCUCUCAUCUAUAGUCUGAGAAACAAGGAAGUCAAAAUAUCCUUAGGUAAAAUUUUUAAAACAACCUUUUUUUGCUUCUGUAUUUAG